GACGGAGUGUUUAUAAAUUCUUUCCGCGGUGAUGAUGAAACAUCUUUGCGCUUACUUUUAAUCAUUCGUCAGCAAAAAAUUAUUAUUGUUGGACUGUUGCAGUUUCCACAAUUUAUUUCUUUGUCUCACACGCUGCGCUGGCACAAUUAAAAUGUAGACAGUGACGUUCGCGAAGGAAAAUUGCCGUAAUACAUUUAUUACUCUAAAUCGAAAUUUUAUUCAGUAUGCGUCCAAGUACGUUGGAAUAGUAAACGUUAAAAUGGUCAUUGUGUUUAUGUUUCGCGUGAUCUAAGCGCUAAAUGGAUAUGUAGAGAGCAUUUUCAUUUUCCAAGUUUCAAAUCUCGUUUUAAUUGUUAAGCAACAAAACAAAAAUUACAAAUAAAACAAACGAAGAAUGACAGUGUGCUACAUAGUCGGGGCUUUUUUGGUCGCGGUUGUUGUGCUUUAUGGACUUUUAGAACUGCAUUAUUUUUUGCGGACGUUCCUCAGCGUCCUUUUGGCGCGAUUUUGUAAAAAGAAAGUUCAUAUUUUACAAGAAACUGUCGUCAAAGGAUAUUGUUUUACGAAUGACUUGGACAUCAUGUUCUUACACAUGAAUAAUGCCCGGUAUGUAAGAGAAUUAGACUUUGCAAGAUUCCAUUUUUAUGAUCGUACUGGUCUUUAUAAGAAAAUUGUGGACGGGAAAGGAACAGUGGUUCAAUCUGCUUGCAGCAUAAGAUAUCGUCGACCCAUAUCCAUCUUCACACCAUUUACAGUAACAACUAAAGUAAGUAAACUUAGCAAUAUUUGAUUUAGUUACACCAAA